CAGGUUUGCACUAUGGAAGUGCUCAACUCCUCUCUGGUCACAUCUAACUUUACCUCCCCUCCCGGAGAUCAAUCUCCUGCCUCCUUGGUCUCCAUACAUCUUGUCCCAGCAGUGGUGCUGUCCAUCUGCUUCCUGCUGGGAGUUCCUGGAAAUAUUGCUGUGAUCAUCCUCAAACCAAACUGGCAACACCUGUCGAGUCUGAGCCAGAGUCUGAUGCUGAAUUUGGCCAUAUCAGAUCUGAUCUGCCUGCUCCCUCUGCCUUUGUGGAUUUACACCAUAGUGUACAGCUGGACACUCGGACUGGUGGCCUGUAAGCUUCUUACAUAUAUCAUGUUCUGCAGCCUCUAUUCGAGCUUGCUGACAGUGACAGUGCUGAGUCUCCAGCGCUACCUCCAGGUGCUGAACCUGCAGAAAAUCUUCGAUCGGGCAGGAAGGAAGAGGCUGCUGGUUCUGCUUUGGCUGGUUACCAUGAUCCUGUCUAUUCCUGCUCUAGUGAACCGACAGGUGAUCAAAGACCAGAAUUGGAAAUCCUGCACAGAUUCCAAUUCUCCCCCUUCCCAGCUGGUGCCCGUGCUGCUGUCAGAGUGCCUGGUAGGAUUUGUUUCAAUUUUUGUCGUGGCAUUUUCAUACAUCGGUCUCCAGAGAAAAGUGAACCAGGCAGCUUUCUUCAACAACCCACAGACAACCCGACUCAUCACAAGUAUCAUUGUGACUUUUUUUGUUCUAUGGAUGCCAUAUUACAUCACUAAUGUACUUGGUGUGGCAGCUAUUCUGCUAAAAAAUGAUAGCCUGUGGAAGUUUUGCUUGAACAGCUACAACUUUGUUUCAGCACUGGUAUUUGUGAUUAGCUGCCUUAAUCCAUUCCUGUAUGCUUUUGCUUUUAAAAAUAUGUGCACUGUGUGCAAAGAAAGGGAACAUUAGUACUGCAGAAGCUAACCACUUCAAGUAGUUUGAUCCCAUGAUAAGUAUGAUCUCAAAUAACAUGAGAUAAUACAGAACUCUUAAAAUACAAAACCACAUGCUCUUGCACACACAAACACACACACUCAUAAUGGCAUGCAAAGUCACAGACAGACACGUACACACUGACACGAUUCCAUUUCUUUCUGUCUAUAUAUUAGAUUGAAAGAAUGUUGUGUGUUUACAAUUAUUAUCUUUUUUUAAUAAACGCGUUUUAAUCUAAAUGCUGGUCUGUUUUGAUGUUGUGCAAGAGUAAAUGUUGCCAAACUCUACUAUUGAUGACUCAAACAUCCUUAAACUGAGUUAGGCUUGUGGUCAUAUUUGGUUGUAGUUAUUAUUAACAUUUUAAAAUACAAAGUUCAAAUUAUUUUAUCUGACUGCAUUAAUUACCAGUAUUUUCCCUUUCAAAGGGUAAAGUGGCAGCUAUUCUGCUCAAAAAUGAUGACUUGUGGAAGUUUUUCUUGAACCCCUGGCACAUUGUUGCAUCAUUGGUAUUUGUGAAUACCUGCCUUAAUCCCCCUCCUUUAUGCUUUUGCUUAAAAGAAAGGGAACAUUUAUAGCCAUGUUAAUGCAGAGGCUUCCUGUUGCAGUUUGUUGAACUAAAAAGUCAACUCAUCUUCCCUAUACAUGGUUUGAGGGUGUGGUCUCUAAUCUUGCUGCAAAUGAUUUGUUGUUUGAUGAAAAAAAGUAAGGUUAUUAAGCAACGUCUCGCCUCAAAUCAACUGUGUGCUGAUUCCAAGUGGCCUUAAGUCAGAGCUGUAAAGAUAAAUCAGAUGCAGAGAAAAAACAUGGAAAUAAUUUAAUCUAUUCAAUUGGAAUUACAAAACAUAUACCAUGGUAAACUAAUGUUUGUUUGUAUUAUGUGGAUAAUCCCUAUAAACAGAAACCCUAUGGAAAGCUGUGAUGUAGGAUGUUUUUUUUCUUAAAGCAUAUUCAAAUAUGAAGCAUAAUUGACCAACAUUUGAUUGAUUUGUAAAAAAAAAAGUUAAGUACAUCAUUUUCUUCUGAAUUGAAGCAGAGUAAAAACCUUAUGUACUGUACAGUUAUUGUCCUACACAUCGCAACGUCCUUGUCUGACUGUGUUCAUAUUAUGUUUUAAAUGUGCUGUUUCCUUAGUUGUUUCUUAUUACGGCCUAUGAGACUAUGCUUAUUCGUUGAACAAAUAAUUCUCAAUAAAGCUCUUUGUUCUUCUGCU